GCCGAGUGGGGGUAGAGCUCUCCUCCGCGGACUAUCCCUCGAGGAGGAUAUCAAACUCAGUCGCAAAGCGUACGCUCGCGCGCGUGUUCGUUCGUGCGUCUUCGUCGAGAGACCGCUGCUCGCCGCGUGACUCCAAUCAUUCUGAAUACAACGCGGUUUCCUCGAUUGCAAGCUUCGAUCUCCCGAACGGGAGAUCCGUACGUUCCUUUAACCCUUCGAACGACCGAUUUAAUUUACUUAUGUGAGUGAUCGAGCAGGAGGUGAUCGAGGAAGUCGACUAAUCAGUGACUUGUUGAACUUGCUGCAACGAUAUGAGCAACGCAACGGAGCCGUGAACAGUCCCGGUAGUGACAGGACAGACAGGAUACAGCCGCGUCCACCGAUGGCGGCCGCGAGCUUUCCGCCAAACUUCUCAAACGUCGGCAUAUUGGAGAACUGCGCCGGCAUGGAGGCAGCGAACGGUGCGAUCGAACACGAUUUUCACAAUGCCCUGGUGCCUAUAAACGGUAGCCAUUCCGGCAGCUCCGGCAGGAGUACACCGAAUGGCGGCGACCCGGCACCUGGCAAACUCUUCGUCGGUGGCUUGUCUUGGCAGACCAGCAGCGAGAAGCUCAGGGAAUACUUUGGCAUGUUCGGUACCGUCACCGAUGUCCUGAUCAUGAAGGAUCCGGUUACACAGCGUAGUCGCGGCUUCGGUUUCAUCACGUUCGCCGAGCCCGGUAGCGUGGACAAGGUGCUGAAGUGUCCAAUCCACACAUUGGACGGGAAGAAGAUCGACCCUAAACACGCGACGCCGAAGAACCGCGCGAAACAGGCGAAUCGCACGAAGAAGAUCUUUGUCGGCGGCGUGAGUCAGGACACUAGUAGCGACGAAGUGAAGGCCUACUUCAACCAGUUCGGCAAGGUGGAGGAAACGGUGAUGCUGAUGGAUCAACAGACGAAGCGGCAUCGUGGCUUCGGAUUCGUCACGUUCGAGAAUGAGGACGUGGUGGACCGCGUGUGCGAGAUCCAUUUCCAUACGAUCAAAAACAAGAAAGUCGAGUGCAAGAAGGCUCAGCCCAAGGAGGCGGUUCAACCAGGCGCGUUGACCCUCGGCAAGAGGGUGGCGCCCGCCAACCCCUACCAGGGAUACUCGCUCACCAACGUCGACAUGUCCAGCUUCCAGGGCGUCGACUGGGGUUCCAUGUAUGGAAUGGGCAUGUACGUUUAAAUGCCGUUGCUUCGGUCGCCUUUCACCCAACGUCGGCUCUGCGAUCGGAAAUCUUGCGCCGACCGAGUCUCCGCUGACUCUUUCUCGCGACGCGGGUGUCUUCGUUCCUUCGGACGAUUCUCGGUUUCUUUUCCUCUUCCUCGCCGAUUCUAUACUUAUCUAGCUGCCACUUUGAAAAAUGUUUCGCGUUUGAGUCAGCGCGAAAACAUUCGCCAUCGUCUUCCCGUUAAAUGGAUAAAAAUGUCUGCUGUCCUUUGUGUAAUCGGUUACCGGUUCUACAUUUCUUUUUGCUUUUGUCACGUAUUUGCAUUACGUGUUAAAUAUACUGAGAAUUUAUACGUUGAGAAGGAUGAGUCGUGAAAAGCGGUGCGAGAAAAAGAAACGAGAAGAGAGCGGAUACGGACAUAAACUCGAAAGCGUCGCAGAGUCCGAGGUGGUGUCCUCGACCAGGGCAUGAGGAUUUCCCAGCCCGAAAACCGAAAUUAUUCUUCUUGCGUUUACUACUCGUCGUUAUCGCUUGCCGAUUAAUUUAUUAGCGAGAGAGUGUGAAAGGCAGCGAGGACGAGAGGCAGAACAAUUGUAUGUAUGUGUGCAUAUGUAAAAGAGAAACAAGUCGCGCGUAAUUCGAUCGCAUCGUAUAUUUUGUUGCGGUAACCUUGCAUCCUUCGUUCGCGAAUUUUCGUAUAUAUUUUUCUUUUCCUUUCCUAUUUCCUUCAUUUUCAAUUUCUUUGAAUUCGUCCAUCGUAAUUGUUUCACGCGUUCCACGAUAUUCUCGCCACACAUUCGGUUCCUAGUUAGAUUAGCACGGUCCCUGGCAGAAUACGCGCGACGUUGUUCAACCGCGCUUGCUCGUAUGCUAAUUAAUUACUUAAUUAUUUAAACGAUAUCGGCGGUCGUUUCGCGACCGUUCCAUUCUCAAGGAUCUCGACCACGAAGCAAUAAAACAGGGGAGGUAGAAUGAAAAACAGAGAGAAAGAGGACAAAACAUUUGGAUGUGUUACACCGUGAACGAACGACCUCGCGAGCCCGAUUACUCACUGGAUUCGUUCGCUUUGCUUUUCUUUUCGACGUUUCUUUCGUCGACUCCAUUCUAUAUCCUAUUUUGUCGAUUUACAAAAAAAUCGCGGGGCGACGUUGUUGGCAAACCCGAACGAAAGCACGUGGAAAAGGGACGCUCCACGUUGUAAAGAGCGACACGAUCGCGGUCCGCGACACCCCUUUCUUCCGCUCCAGAGAACGAGGCAGUUCUCCUGUUUGUCGCGCGACAUACUCCUCCGCCUCGGUCAAAGUGCCAAACGAAGCAUAUGUGGAAACGUUCUAGCUGUUCGUCUGUCUAUUUCUCUCUUCGGCCAUCCGUUUGUCAGCUUUCGUCGCGAUCUCGGCUAACUUUUCUCUUCCCCUUUUUCCUCUUUUUUCCUCUUGUUUUGUCUCCGUUUUAGUUACUGCGCGCUUUCGUUCGGUGAACGACUGUUCGCGCGUUCGGUCACACGGUCGCAAACGCGCACGGUCAACCACGCGUACACGUAGAGAGAAAAAGCAGGCGUGCGAAACAGGCGUUACACGGGACGCGUUUAAAUAAGAUAGCGCAUAGGUAUACAUAUAUUUUUCUUCGAGUAACGGAAGACAAUAUUUCUCCAUCGCGCGAGUAGCACGAGCAGUCCGCGAUUCAACCGCGAUAUACAGAGAAAGGGAAGGAGAAAAGAGAAAAGAAAACACAUUUCUGAGGGAUACUCGUUUCUAGGUGUACUAGAGUCGCGAGCAACGCGGCCAAGAUAACAGGAACCCAAGAUUGAGAUUAGCUCAGCGUUAAUUAAGCGAUCCUAGUUGUAAGUUUCAAGCAGAUUAAGACUAGAAUUUUAAGGAGUUCGAAACAAAACGAGUCGAUACUUAAUUUAUACCUAUCCGUAGGCGUCACGCUGUUCUCGUUUUCGCGACCAGGGAUCGAUCGAGGCGACUGCAUCCGCGGCUCGAUCUUUCGCCGCUUUCGAUCGACUCGCGCCUUUCCAUCGGUGUAUUCGUCUCGCGUCUCUUCGUCAUCGAUCCUUCGCUCUUCGACCAACUCUUUUUCGCUCGUGAAAAUUUAUUUCUUUUCCCUUUCACCUCAUUCUCCCUUUGCUCUUCCGCCUUUCUUUCCUUUUUCUAUCCACGCUAUCACGAACGACCAUUUUCCUCGACAAUUGAUAGAACAUGAUUUUUGUCACAUUUAUAGGAAUAUGUAGUAAACUGAGAUAGUUGAUUUUUCUCGAACCUCUAAAUAAUGGUAGAGAUACGUCAAUGCUUAAUUCUCACGUGGCAUCAUCCGGUUGCCGUAGUGUUAAGAAUAUUGCGUCGAGUGGAUAUCGUCGAUGCAGGAGCGCGAAGGAUCGACCGAGCGGACAAAAGAACAGACGAGUUUCCGCAAGACUUAAAUUAACGAUCGCAAUCUGCGAUUCUUCUAUUUAUUUAUGAUACCGUUCUAAUUCGCGAACGAUUGGGCGGAAGAUGGUCGAACGAAACGGUCCCGCGCAUGCAGGCGCCGCGAUUUGCCGCUAGCAAACGACGAGAGAGAGAGAGUGAGGGAGAGAGAGAGAGAGAAGGAACGGGGGAAAAGCGUCGAGGAAAAGGAAAUGCCAAUUAGUUCGGUCGAGCUCCCAAUCGUUCGAUACGCGUAUUUAUCAGAUUCUCGUACUCCCCCUUCGUUCACCGCGGCACACAGAUUGUUUCAAUUUUCUUGCUCCCUCAACAACGCGUACAUCGACAGAGGUAAGCUGAAAUCAGCUAAAAGACUCAGAGAUGAGCUUUCAAUGGUAUAUGCAACCGGCUUGAAUUUACGCGAUCGCAUUUCAGCCCGUACGAUCAAGCUUUGUGUACGUUUUGCGAGUACAUUUCAUACGAAUCGUUUUCACGAGAUGCUCUGACCCGUCGAGUUAACCUGUGUAUUGUAAAAACGACGAAAAGUCGGAGAGCACGUCCCACUCGAAUCGACGACCUGAGGUAGCAAGCGGUAUAUGCGAACCGAAACUCAAAGACGAAAAUAGAGUUAGGAAAAAUAGCGAAGAGAACGACGAAAGGAUCUCGAUCUCGCCGAUUCGAGCGGUCGCUCGAGCGUUCGUUCGUUCAACGAUACGUGACAAUUAUGGGACGAGGACACUUUGCAGUCUCGAGGGUGUUGAAAAAGUACAAACCGGGAUAAACGUUAAACCGGGUCGACUAGUUACGACAGACCGGGAAGGACGGAGUCCCGUUUACGCGAGCCCUUGUCGAUCGAGAUCUACAACCAAGUGAAAAGAGACGUUCUUCCAGGACAUUUAUCCCGGCCGACCAGGCUCCCCGAACACGGGACUUUUUCCUCCCAUUUAGCAUGUAGCCACGCGUGUAGCGACAUAUCUCGCGUGACAGUUACAGGUGAUUUUAAUAUCGAUAUUAUGGUUAGUCAUACACAAGUAUUACCACCACCAUCAUCACCAUCACACGUCGUCGUCUUCUUCGCCAUCAUCAUCAUCAUCAUCAUCAUCAUCGUCGUCGUCGUCAUCGUCGUCGUCAUCACCAUACGUCAAGUAGCAUUGAAUAUAUUCUUUCGUCGAACGUGCCAUUAGUUUAUAAUCGUUGCUAUUAGCAUUCUUAUUUUCAUUGACGUCACAUUAGUGUUAUUUGGCCGCGUAAGUUGCGCACCGAACGCUUCUAUUCCUUUCAAUUGACUCGAGAGUUAAGUAAUUUACUGUUCGCAGCAAAGAUUGCUAUCGUAUACAAUUGGAAUUGAUGUUUCUUCUGUACUUCCCGUGUUCCGAGGACGAAGCUUCGACACAGCGUAAGCAGCAUUCACCUCGUAAGCAGCAUUCCCGCGGGCAACGAUCUUACUGACUUUCCAAUAACGACCUCCGUAUUCGUUAGCUUCCCAAGCUGUUUCGUUCGUCGUUAGGGCGCUUGCUCACUUGUCCUUACGCGACUACCGUGACUUUCGAUGCGACAACCGUGUAUGAUUUUUACAGAGAAAUCGCCAGGAUCGUAUAGAACACGCGAUAGAUCUCUCACUGUAGAAACGAUCGCGUACGAUAGGAUGAAUGGCGCGUUUAUUGGAAAGAUCAUGAAAUCGUAGCCAGUAGAUCAACCCAACUCCACAACGCAAUUAGUAUAGUGUCAGCUAGCUAGACAGCCGAAUAGUAAAACACAAUGUGUAGUCAACUCGUGUAAUUUACUUACUCGAUUUAAAUGGGUAAGCAACAAAAAGACAGUAAUAAGUGAGGUUUAAUUAAGUAGUAGUCGAACGCGAGACAUAGCAACAGCGAAGUAGCGGAAAAACUCUGUGCGUGUGUGUGCGUGUGCGCGCGUAUUCGCGUAUGUUUAUCGAAUGCGAGGGAGAGGAAGAUGAUCGAGCGAAAGAAGAACGUGAAUGAGAAAGGGAUAUCGAAGGAAUAAUUAUCAACGUAUUUACUGCAGGUAAACUGGUUACUGUACCUGUUGUUGUUGAAAACAUUAAAAACACUCUUAUUCCAUGCUAAUACCGCUUAAUGAUAUUUUACCCCUUUCCAUCGACUCUCCGAAAUAUUCGUUCGACUAGAGUGAGAUCAGACCCUUGGCGCACAGACUAUCGGUCAAAGUUUAAUUAAUCGAAUCGUUUUCAAUCGAUGGGAUGGCGAGUCAACGCGAUAAUACCGAUUCCUUUGGUAAUGACGAGACGAAACUUUCAAUUUCCAACCGAUCAGAAAUUUGCACGCAGCAAUACCAAUCAUCGCGCGACGAACUUUCUUAGAACCACAUCGAAUCGAAGUUCGAACGUUUUUGAAUCCUUUGUUUCUUUAGUACGUGUACGUUAUUACACUUGGCUGACGCUGCUUAUUUCCAAUUUUCGUAAUAUUCAGAUUCCUUUAAGCCCGCGUUAAGUUCGUAUAACGGUCAAACGAGAUAACACGAAAAGACACAAGCUUGCGUAGGAACUCGAUCGAUCGAUAUCCGUCGUAUUCCACGUUCCUCUACUCUGUCAAAUCGUACUUCAUUCGUAAUACAUAAAUAUGCUAUUAUCCGGUAACGUAAAUGAAGCGUCACGAUUAUUACGCAGUUAUUGGUAUCUCGAUGCAUCACGCGCCCGCGUGUGUACAUAUUAUAUAUAUAUACACGUACUAUAAAUAUUAGUAUCUCUUUGUAGUAGUUAAUUGGCCCCUUAUUUGCGCCGCUGGCCGUAUUUUCAUACGUUAUUGUUCCUGAAAUCCAACGCCAUACCCUGUCUCUUUCGAGUCUUUUUUUUUACCGUUUCGAAAGAAAAGGAGGAAAAAGAACAAAGAAAAGAAUAUUUCCACUUGUUGAAUUUCCUUAAUUUUUAACGUGACGAACGGCCAGUAGCGCACAUUCGUAGGAAUUAUGGUUUCUUCCCGUUCCUUGGUCGAAGUUCUUCCGAACGAUACGAUCGCAACCUGAACCGUAAUUAAACAGAGCAUGAGAACUGCGUGUAAAUUGACUUUCGAUUCGUAUAGGGGUAAACAGUAGUAUAAUCAAAUAAAUAGAUAUAAUGACCGCUGGUAAUGAAACAGUAUCUAGUGAAAGAACGGAUGAUACUCUGGAACGGUUGUUUCCGAUUCGAGCAACGUGGGAAUUUUAAGCAACUGAAGGUGAGUGACAAUAAAGGGGGAUUAUUUUUACACGGAUUUUAAUGGCAGUGAAUUUUAUCCCCCUGGUAUCAUUUUGUGUAAAAUAGAGUUAGCGAGAGAAAAAAAACGUUUAUUCGCCGGACGUGCCGAAUUCGAAAAUAUCUCUGUGUUGCGAAAUAUCAUUUCGACUCAACUGGAAAGGCUAAGUACAGUCUGUAUCGACGAGUGUGUGAUAUAACCUUAACAAUCAUUAUUGUUUGAAUGAAAGCGUAGGAUGAUGUGGUUCUAUAAAUAUUUGUCUUACCCUCCUUGUUUCUGUGUCGACGUUUCUUAAAUAUAAACGAGUAGUUUGUUACUUUGUUCAAUUAUAGAGGAAACUAGGUUUUACUUGGACCGACGACAGGAAGAGUUUUUUUUACGUGGCUUGUUUGAUGAUUGGUGCAAGAGUAGUGAGACUUUUAUUGUAAAAAAGCAAACACUCAACUUAGAGUAAUCGUCUAUUUUAUUCGAUCAUCGAACGAACGAACAGGGAGACCCCGUUUACCAAUUACAUAGCAUACUCAUCAUUGAUUAAAUAAAAUCGAACCAAUGUCCCGUAAAUGUUUCAUCGUAACCGGAUAGGUGCACGUCGCUGAUCGAAUAAAACUCGACGCGUUCGAUUCUUUGUUAUCGAUUAGAAGAAUUUUUCUUAUCUGUAUAUUGGCCCGGUUUAGAAAAGAUCUUGAGAGACAACACGCGUGUGCAUGGAGCCAUCGUCGAAAUCCAAAUGAAAAUUCAAAGUUCCUUUCUUUCUCGAACGUGCCUAAGAAAAAUGAUAUUUCGUAAUAAUAAUCUAUCUGUAAUCACGAAAAUCGCUCCAUGAACAUACGAAAGAUGAAAAACGUACUCGUUUUAAUUUCCACGAUAAACCCUUGAACGAUCAAUUUUCUUGCAGCAUCGUAGAAAAGUAGCACCCUUUAAUACUUGAAACAAUUUACACACUUUUAGACAUAGUUGCAGCUGACGUAAUGGAUAAUGUUUAGAAUCUAGGUAGAGAAACUAGGUAUUUUCGUCGAAAAUCUGGACGAUGGUAAACCCGUAGGAUUAAAGAGAAAAAAGAGAAAGAGAGAGAAACGCCGCAAAGGCGUUCGAUCCCGUUUCUGCAACGAAUUUCCAAGAACGAGCGUAUCGCGUGGCGUUCACCAACGAAAACACGAGUUAGCAUGCGAUAUGCUAAUGGAAGCUGAGUGGAUCUUCCUUGUGGAUUUUUCGCGACCAAAGAAACGCGUGUACAUUGAAUCUUACCCGUGAAGAAAGGUCGAAUGCUUGCUCGCUGCUUCGACGAGCAAGAUCGAACUCGAUGAUGCGCUCAAUUUCCCUCGAUAGCCCAAAGUACAGCAACGACGCGGGUUAAUUCGAACGAGGGCUGGCCUAAUUCGAUUAGUAAAAAAGAUUUUGUUCCGCCGAUGGUACAAAGUUGACGAGGAGCGAACCAUUUCGAACUAUAAUUGGAGGAAAAAGAAAGAAAGCGAAUAAUUCUACGAAAGAAUGAGAUCUAUUCCAUGCGAGUAUCCACCGCUUUGAUAUUGCAUUUACGACAGUCUACAAUGAUUCCGGGGCGAGAGCGAGUGCACGCGUUAAUGCGUAUAAGGCGUUGAACAAAAUUUUCUAUCGAUAACCGUUCGGCGAAUACGACGAAUUAAUAUGCAACGCUCUCGUCCCGAA